AUGUGUCUCACGAAGCCUCAAAUCCGUCUUUGUCAGGUUCUUGUGGAGAAUCGCCGGGCCGUUGGGGUGCGAUGCGCGACGCUGAGGAAGAGAAGCUUGGAGCCUCUGUCAGUCAGACUCCUGUGGUGGCUUGUGUUGUUCCUGGAUCUCGAGGGCUAUACUAGGAAGCAGAUGUGUGCCAAGAUGCGCGUUGGUUUCGAAACGACCUCGCUGGUAGAUGCGCUUCCUAGUGCUGGUGCCACGGGCGAGGUCCGAGCUGCUGAGGCUGUCGUUUGCAAUGCCUCCAUUUGGGACGCGGCGAACCUUCUGCCCAAGGAGGACGUAGCCCUGGACGAGAUGCGGGAGGACUGGAAGGCGACGCCCCAGACACGGUCCUACCUCCAUCUCCAUCUGGGCUUGGACGCAACAGGCCUCCGGGUCCCGGCGCGUGUCGUGCCCGAGCCUUCUCAGCUGUUGCUGCUUUGCAUUGGUGCGUUUGAAGAUUUGCGCCGUGAUGACUUGCGGCAGGUAAAGAUGACCUUCCCCCUGCUGUUUACUGGUGCUGUGCCGGGCAGCUUUUGCUGCAUGUCGGCCAGCCAGCUCCCAAACUUCCUAUCAUGGGCCGAGUUCGCCAUAAUCGUGGCAAAGCCUGGGAGAUAUUGGGCGAACCAGCUCCGAGUAGAUGUUUUUAACGGCCGUUUCAAAGGGGGUGGAAUCGAGGCCAUGGCCGGUUGGGACGACGUGACCGCCGAGCAGAACAUGGCCCACCUUGCGGCGAAGUUUUCCUGGUCCAUCUCGGCCCCACGGCAAGGGCACUCAUGCUUGCCUACGCUUCAAUGCUUCGUAGGUUACCUCACAGCCACUUGGACCACGAAGAAGGUCAACAGGCUUUUGUCGGCUGCGCGCUUGGAACGCAUAGGAUGUCUCAUGUCGCAGGCGGUCGUCAUCAGAAACACCUUCCUUGAGGUGUCGGACCAAGGGGAGCCCGAGCGCUCCGAGAACUUCCGCCGGCAGGUGUCCGAGCCGGUCAAGAUCUUCUCGAGCAGCCCAAAGCACGGUGAGGGCGAGGACUCGGAUGAGGACUUCGCUGCGGCCAAGACGGGAGGGCUGAGGGCUGAUGCGCCGGCUUUUGAGUCGGCCAGCCACUCUGCGAUGGCUAUCCCGCCCGACAUGACGAUGCAGCAAGGCUACGUGCAGACUGGCAUGAAGCCGAGACAGGGCAAAGGAAACCGGCAGAAGAACGAUGGGUCUCAGGUCUGGGGUCGCCCGAGCCAAGAAGGACGGCAGACAGAGCACCGGGACCCGCCCAAGCGCACGCGUGAUGGGCAGUUGAGUCGUUUGAAGGACGAGGACAUCACCCAUCUCGAGCCGCCCUGGGAGAACGUCACGACCGUGAUGAUGCGGAAUCUCCCCAAUAAGUACACGCAACAAAUGCUGCUCGGGGAACUGCGAGACGCUGGCUUCCACAUGCAGGAAGAUUUCGACUUUUUCUACCUGCCGAUGGACCACUGCAAUUGUGCGAAUCUCGGCUACUGCUUCAUCAACUUCACGAAGACGGCGAGGGCAAACGACUUCGCUGGCGCCUUCAGUGGGAAACGCAUGCGCCGGUUCAACUCGCACAAGACCGCCGUGAUCAUGCCGGCUUCGAUUCAAGGGUAUGAGCAGAACUACACGUACUACAUCUCGACCCGCGUCGCGCAAGCAGCGGAUCCACAGUAUCGCCCGCUGUUUUUGCGGCCUUUACCUUCAGUGGACAUGAACGCACCAGCUCCGACUAGCGGCAAGGGCAAGGGUGGCUCCAAGGAUCGUGGGAAGGAUGGCCGAGGUGGUCGUGGCCGACGAAAAGGCGGCGACUGGGACUUGGGAGAGGCUUCAAUGCUGGGAGGAGGUGAUUGGAGCUCCAAGGACGAGGACAACGGCCGAGUCAUCCCGCCGCAGAUUCCCGCCGCACCGGUCCAGCAGGACUACCAGGUCAUGUGUGCAGCCUGUGGGACUCUGUGCGGCUCCAGCUAUCGUUUCUGCUCCUUCUGCGGGAACUACCUCUGUGACACAGGGAUGGCAGGGCCAGUGAUGAUGGCUGCGUACUUCCAGCCCACGGAGUGGCAGAUGAUGCCUGAGCAGCCACAGAUGACAGAGCAGUCUCCCGUCGCUGUCGACACGGACGACAUGCCGACGUUCCCUUCGAAGUCCAGCGGGAAGAAAGAGACUAACAAGAUUCAGCAAGAAGAGACGCCCGCGGACAACGAGCCCCCAGCCGAGGAGCUGGACAUCCUCCACGGAAGAAUGAUGCUGUUGGCCGCGUUGAAGGUGGCGGGCUCCAACUCCAAGAAGCUCCCGGCGGAUGCACAGGACUGA